ACUCGAAAUCAACCGUUACGCCCCGUUGAUAAGUCAUUCGAACUGCCAGCGUGUCUAUACACAUUUGAGAAUCUUGUGGUCUUGAAACUUUAUAAAUCGAUUCUUGUGUAUGUUCCUGAUGAUCUCGAGGUCUCGCUUUCUUCUCUCAAAACGCUGCACCUUCUGUGUGUGGAGUAUGAAAACGAAGAAUCGCACCGCAGGCUUUUAAGGGGUUGUCCUGUUCUGGAGGAGUUGGUUGUGGACAAAACUGAUAACUGGAGUGUGCGAUCAUCCUCUGUUGUGAUCCCUUCCUUGGAGAGAUUAUCUGUACUUAAUCAGUAUAGGGAUUAUGAGGCCUACACUGAUAAAUUAGAACAUGAGUCUUACAACGAUAGAGUUACCAUUAAUGUCCCGUCUUUGAAGUACUUGGACUACGUUGAUAUCGUUGACUAUGGUCAUUUGUGUUUGAGUGAAGAUAUGCCCGAGUUGGUGGAGGCACAUGUUAAACUUGUUUGCAAAAAUCCUGAGAAGCUCAUGAGGUCUCUUACAGCAGUCAAACGCCUCUCUUUAUGUUUGUUUAAUCAUUCAAUGGUUCAGCAUCGCAUUGGAUUCGAUCAGCUUGUUCACCUAGAGCUAUGUGGAUGCAGCCCAAAGUGGUGGGAUCUACUUACUUGGAUUCUCAAAAGUUCUCCUAAACUACAAGUUCUCAAGCUCAACCAGUGUCAGGAGGAGUGCUUUUGUUCUGUAAAGCCUAUUGAACGUUGGUGGGAAGAGCUGAAUACUUGUCCCAUAAAGCCUAUUGAAGGACGUUGGGGACAGCUGAGUUCCGUUCCUGAAUGUGACGUUUCAUCUCAAUACUUUUGAAUGGAAUUAUUACAAUGGAAGACGGGAAGAGAAGAAACUGGUGGCUUAUAUCCUAAGAACCGCCAAACGGUUAAAAAUUGCAGAGAUCUCUGCAUGGGAUUUUGAUCCAGAAGAGGAAUCUCAGAUACUCAAGGAGGUGGCUUCUUUGCAUAGGGCUUCAAAGUCAUGUAAGCUUUUGUUGGGUUUUUAAAAUACAAGAUGGUACUAGUAGUCUGUCCCAAUAAAACCUAGUAGCGUCUGAAAGAUAGAUGUGUCGGAAAGGGGAAAGCUUGUCAAAUUUAUGUUUAGCUCUUUCAUAUUGCUUCCAUUUUGUUCUUGGAAGCAUCAUGCAACAACAUAAUGUUGAUAAAUAUAACAGCUUCUCAAGAAUGUGGAAAGCUGUUAUAGUAUUUGUAUAUAUUACUUACUUUUUUUAUGUUUAUCAACAUGUAACAACUUCUUGGACGUUUCA